CCUCCUGGAUUUGGUGGACCUGCGGGGCUUCCCCCGAGACCCAAUGGGGAUACAGUCAUGGAGGGUGAUUUCUUCGGUCAACUCACUCCCGAGGAGAUCGAGAAAAAGGCGAGGAAAUGGAGACAAUCGCAGAAGAGGAGGUUUAAUGAGAAACGUCGUGCUGGGGGUGGAGGAGGAGUAGAUUUCGGCAAAGCUGACUUACCACCUGAACAUAUCCGUAAAAUUAUCAAAGAUCAUGGAGACAUGUCAAAUCGCAAGUUCAGAAAUGACAAACGUGUUCAUCUUGGAGCGUUGAAAUAUGUGCCUCACGCAGUCAUGAAAUUAUUGGAAAACAUCCCCUGUCCUUGGGAACAGGUCAGAGAAGUGCCCGUAUUGUACCAUAUCUCUGGUGCUAUCACUUUUGUGAACGAGGUUCCCAAGGUCAUCGAGCCUGUCUAUCACGCACAAUGGGCUUCAAUGUGGUUAGCUAUGAGAAGAGAGAAAAGGGAUCGACGUCAUUUCAAACGAAUGCGAUUCCCUCCGUUUGAUGACGAAGAACCACCGAUGGACUACGGAGAUAAUGUUUUGGAUGUCGAACCGCUAGAAGCUAUACAGUUGGAGUUGGACGAGGAGGACGAUCAGGCUAUCAUUGAUUGGUUUUAUGAUCCCAAACCUCUCAUCGACACCCAAUACGUCAACGGUCCAAGUUAUCGAUACUUUCAACUUUCCCUCCCUCAUAUGGCAAAUCUAUAUCGAAUUGGCCGACAAUUGCUGUCAGAUUAUUCAGACAACAAUGCGUUCUAUCUCUUUGAUAGGAAGAGCUUUUUCACUGCCAAGGCACUCAAUAUAGCUUUGCCCGGUGGACCCAAAUUUGAGCCUUUGUUCCGGGACACGGAUAACUUUGAUGAAGACUGGAACGAGUUCAACGACAUUAACAAAGUCAUCAUUCGUGGCGUCAUCAGAUCCGAAUACAAAGUUGCUUUUCCGCAUCUGUAUAAUUCCCUCCCUCGUUCUGUCCACAUAGGCACAUACCACGAGCCCAAAAAUGUGUUCAUCAAAACGGACGACCCCGACCUUCCCGCGUUUUAUUUUGACCCUCUUAUCAACCCUAUUUCUCAACGAGUCGUCCAAGAAGCUCAUACGCCUUUGGUUUCCCACGAGGACGCGGUCUUCGGUUAUGGUAAUGAAGAGGAUGAUGAUUUCGAAUUACCAGAUGAAGUGGAGCCUUUCCUCUCUCAACAAGAUCUGAGUAACGAGAACACGUCCGAUGCCAUUGCGUUAUUCUGGGCUCCGUACCCAUACAAUCGUAGAAGUGGUGCUACUCGGCGUGCGCAGGACGUUCCACUCGUCAAGAACUUUUACCUCGAGCAUUGUCCACCUGAUCAACCUGUCAAGGUCAGAGUAUCCUACCAAAAGAUGCUAAAAGUGUUCGUGCUCAACGCUUUGCAUCACAAGCGACCAAAAGCUAUGGUCAAACGUAACCUUUUCCGUUCGCUCAAAAGUACGAAAUUCUUCCAGACUACAACACUCGAUUGGGUCGAAGCUGGCUUACAAGUUUGUCGACAGGGUUACAACAUGCUCAAUCUCCUCAUUCAUCGUAAAAACUUAAAUUAUCUUCAUCUGGACUACAACAUGAAUCUGAAACCGAUAAAAACGCUCACGACUAAAGAGCGCAAGAAGUCUCGAUUCGGUAACGCUUUCCAUCUCUGUCGUGAAAUCCUUCGACUUACCAAACUCAUCGUCGAUGCGCACGUCCAGUUCCGACUUGGUAAUGUCGACGCUUUCCAACUCGCCGACGGUCUGCAAUAUAUGUUCGCCCACGUCGGUCAGCUCACAGGAAUGUACAGAUACAAAUACAAGCUCAUGAAACAAAUCCGCAUGUGCAAAGAUCUGAAGCAUCUUAUAUACUCGCGCUUCAAUACUGGGCCUGUUGGUAAAGGUCCUGGUGUUGGUUUCUGGGCCCCAGGAUGGAGGGUUUGGUUGUUCUUCAUGAGAGGUAUCGUCCCACUGCUCGAACGUUGGUUGAGUAAUUUGCUCGCGAGACAGUUUGAGGGAAGGAAUUCGAAGGGUGUCGCCAAGACCGUCACCAAGCAGAGGGUAGAGUCGCACUUUGACUUGGAGUUGCGUGCGGCAGUCAUGCACGAUAUCCUAGAUAUGAUGCCGGAGAGUCUCAAAGGGAAUAAGGCAAAAACAAUCUUGCAACACUUGUCUGAAGCGUGGCGAUGCUGGAAGGCCAAUAUACCCUGGAAAGUCCCUGGUAUGCCGGCAGCCAUAGAAAACAUCAUUUUGAGAUACAUCAAACUGAAGUCGGACUGGUGGACAUCAGUGGCUCAUUACAACCGUGAACGUAUUCGUCGUGGUGCCACCGUCGACAAGGCUGUCGUUCGUAAAAACCUUGGUCGACUUACACGACUUUACCUCAAAGCGGAACAAGAGCGACAAAAUGGUUAUCUCAAAGACGGGCCGUAUAUCUCGUCCGAAGAAGCUGUGGCCAUUUACACCUCGACAGUCCACUGGCUGGAAAGUCGUAAAUUUGCUCCUAUCCCCUUCCCGCCUUUGUCAUACAAACACGAUACGAAGCUGCUUGUCUUGGCCCUCGAAAAGCUCAAAGAGGCAUAUUCUGUACAUGGUCGACUGAAUCAGAGUCAGAGAGAAGAGCUUGCACUUGUCGAACAGGCGUAUGACAACCCACACGAAUGUUUGUCACGAAUCAAGAGAUUGCUUUUGACUCAACGUGCGUUCAAGGAAGCCGGUAUCGAGUUCUUCGACACGUACGACAAGCUCAUCCCGUGCUACGACAUAGAGCCCGUGGAGAAGAUCACCGACGCGUAUCUGGAUCAGUAUCUACACUAUGAGGGAGACAAGCGGAGAUUGUUCCCACCAUGGAUCAAGCCUUCCGACAACGAACCUCCUCCAUUACUGGUGUACAAAUGGGCCAAUGGUCUCAAUAAUCUUACAGAUAUCUGGGAUACGUCAGAAGGCGAGUGUGUAGUGUUGAUGGAGACGGUCCUUUCUCGAGUAUACGAGAAGAUCGAUCUCACAUUACUCAAUCGACUGUUGCGUCUGAUCAUGGAUCACAAUCUUGCGGACUACAUCACGGCGAAGAACAACGUCAUUCUCACGUUCAAAGAUAUGUCACAUGUCAACGCCUAUGGUUUGAUCAGAGGUUUGCAAUUCUCCAGUUUCAUCUUCCAGUAUUACGGUCUUGUGCUCGAUCUUCUCAUCCUGGGUCUUCAGAGAGCUUCUGAGAUCGCUGGACCACCCGCACUGCCGAAUGGCUUCUUACAAUUCCGAGAUCGCGAGACGGAGACGCGACAUCCCAUUAGGUUCUAUACUCGAUAUGUUGACCGUAUCCACAUACUCUUCCGGUUCACUGCCGACGAAGCUAGGGAUCUCAUUCAGCGUUAUCUCAGUGUAGAGCCAGAUCCAAACAACGAAAACGUCAUCGGUUACAAUAAUAAGCGUUGUUGGCCUCGUGACUGUAGGAUGCGAUUGAAUAAGCAUGAUGUGAACUUGGGUAGAGCUGUAUUCUGGAAUGUGAAAAACUCUCUUCCACGUUCUCUUACCACAAUCGAAUGGGACGACACGAUGUGUUCGGUGUACUCCAAAGAUAAUCCGCAACUCUUGUUCUCCAUGUGUGGCUUUGAAGUUCGGAUAUUGCCACGAUGUCGUACGCAGAAUGGAGAACAGUAUUCCCUCAAGGACGGCGUGUGGAAUCUUACCCAAGAAUCUACGAAGGAAAGAACAGCGCAAGCGUAUCUGAGAGUGUCCGAUCAAGCCAUACAAGACUUCAACAAUCGUAUCAGACAAGUUCUGAUGUCUUCAGGGUCGGCCACUUUCUCCAAGAUCAUUUCAAAGUGGAACACCGCCUUGAUCGGUCUCAUGACUUACUACCGUGAAGCCGUCAUUGGAACGAACGAGCUUCUGGAUUCUCUUGUGAAAGCUGAGAACAAAGUACAAACUCGUGUCAAGAUUGGUCUCAACAGUAAAAUGCCUUCACGUUUCCCGCCUUGUGUGUUUUAUUCUCCUAAAGAACUGGGAGGUUUAGGCAUGUUGUCUAUGGGUUUUGUUCUCAUCCCUCAGUCCGAUCUCCGGUGGUCCAAACAGACUGAGUCAGGUGGUAUAACCCAUUUCCGAUCUGGUAUGACACAUGAAGAAGAUCAAUUGAUCCCCAACCUGUACCGUUAUAUCCAACCUUGGGAAGCCGAGUUCCUCGAUUCUGCUCGUGUGUGGUCAGAAUAUGCCAUGAAACGGAAAGAAGCCACUGCGGCCAAUCGGAGAUUGACUUUGGAGGACUUAGAAGAUAGUUGGGAUCGUGGUAUUCCGCGUAUCAACACUUUGUUCCAAAAAGAUCGUCAUACUUUGGCAUACGACAAAGGUCAUCGUGUGCGCACCUACUUCCAGCAGUUCUUCCGACUACGUGCCAAUCCCUUUGCUUGGACAUCUCAAAGACAUGAUGGGAAACUAUGGAAUCUUAACAGUUAUCGAGUGGACGUCAUCUCUGCCCUUGGCGGUGUGGAGGGUAUUUUGGAACACACAUUGUUCAAAGGUACUGCUUUCCCUUCUUGGGAAGGUCUGUUCUGGGAGAAAACGUCCGGUUUCGAAGAGUCUAUGAAGUUUAAGAAAUUGACCAACGCUCAAAGAUCUGGUUUGUCUCAAGUUCCCAAUAGAAGAUUCACUCUUUGGUGGUCACCAACGAUCAAUCGAGCCAACGUGUAUGUCGGUUUCCAAGUGCAACUCGAUUUGACGGGUAUUUUCAUGCACGGUAAAAUCCCAACUCUGAAGAUCUCCCUCAUCACCUUGAUGCGAGCCCAUUUGUGGCAGAAAAUCCACGAAUCGGUCGUCAUGGAUUUAUGUCAAGUAUUCGAUCAAGAGUUGGAAGCUUUACAAAUCGAAACCGUUCAGAAAGAGACUAUUCAUCCUCGAAAAUCAUACAAGAUGAAUUCUUCCGCCUCCGACAUUUUACUGUUCUCUUCGUACAAAUGGCAGAUCAGUCGACCAAGUUUGUUAUCGGACAACAAGGACGUACUGGACGGAACUACUUCUUCCAAAUUCUGGCUCGAUGUACAAUUAAGAUGGGGUGAUUUCGAUUCCCAUGAUAUUGAGCGAUACGCUCGUGCCAAAUACCUCGAUUAUUCAUCAGAUAGUCAAUCGAUUUACCCAUCGCCCACAGGUCUGCUUAUCGCUAUCGAUCUAGCGUACAAUCUAUAUUCAGGUUAUGGAUGUUUCUUCCCAGGUCUCAAACCUUUGAUGCAACAGGCCAUGGCGAAGGUCAUGAAGGCCAAUCCUGCUUUGUACGUAUUACGAGAACGUAUCCGAAAGGGUUUGCAACUGUACUCUUCUGAACCAACGGAGCCGUACUUGAACUCGUCCAAUUACUCGGAACUGUUCUCAAAUCAGAUCAUCUGGUUUAUCGAUGAUACCAACGUGUAUCGUGUGACCAUCCACAAAACCUUUGAAGGUAACUUGACCACGAAGCCUAUAAACGGUGCUAUCUUCAUCUUUAACCCACGUACUGGUCAACUUUUCCUCAAAGUCAUUCAUACCUCCGUUUGGGCCGGUCAAAAACGUUUAGGUCAACUUGCCAAAUGGAAAACAGCCGAAGAAGUCGCCGCGCUCGUUCGAUCUCUUCCCGUGGAAGAACAACCCAAACAAGUCAUUGUCACUCGAAAGGGUAUGUUGGAUCCACUCGAAGUACAUCUCCUGGAUUUCCCCAAUAUCGUCAUCAAAGGUUCAGAACUUCAAUUACCUUUCCAAGCCACAAUGAAAUUGGAGAAAUUCGGUGAUUUGAUCUUACGUGCUACUCAACCUCAAAUGGUCUUGUUCAAUUUGUACGAUGAUUGGCUCAAGAGUAUCUCGUCUUAUACCGCUUUUUCAAGGUUGAUACUCAUUUUACGUGCUUUACAUGUGAAUAGUGAAAAAACGAAGAUCAUCCUUCGUCCGGAUAGGAACACCAUCACGGAAUCGUAUCAUAUCUGGCCCACGUUGGGUGAUGAGGAAUGGAUGAAAGUUGAAGUUGCGUUGAAAGAUUUGAUCUUGAAUGAUUUUGGGAAGAGGAAUUCGGUCAAUGUGGCGAGUUUGACAGCUAGUGAGAUUAGGGAUGUUAUUUUGGGUAUGGAAAUUACGGCUCCUAGUGUUCAAAGACAACAGGCUGCGGAACUCGAAAAAUCUACCGAAGCGGCUCAACAGGUCACUGCCACCGCCACCAAAACCACCAACAUCCAUGGCGACGAAAUCACAACCUACACCACUACCAACUACGAAGCACAACAAUUCGCCUCAAAGUCAGACUGGCGUAUCCGGGCCAUUUCAGCUACCAACCUUCCCUUACGUAUCCACAACAUUUUCGUCGGCAACGAUAAUGUCAAAGACGACGCGGGUAGUUACACUUAUGUCGUUCCCAAAAACGUUCUUCGAUCUUUCAUCGUCAAUGCUGAUUUACGUACUCAAGUCGUCGCUUUCCUCUACGGUCGAUCCCCUCCAGAUAACAAGAGCGUCAAAGAGAUCAAAGCCGUCGCAUGGGUUCCUCAACGUGGUACGAAUAACGGUGUAGAUUUACCACUCACUUUACCCAAACAUGAUUUCCUUUUGAAAGAUCUCGAACCUCUAGGUUGGAUAAAGACACAAUCUCAAGAAAUGGAUUAUCUUUCCGCUGCGGACGUGACUACCCAAGCGAAGAUUAUGGCCGUUCAUCCUGAAUGGGGACCGAGCAGUAUCUGCGUCACAUGUGCUUUCACACCUGGUUCAGUAUCACUAGCAGCUUGGGAACUCACAGUGGCAGGAUUCGAAUGGGGUAGAAAGAACCAAGAUGUCACCGGUGCUCAUCCAGGUUGGAACGCAUCAAUGGCCAAUCGAGUUCAAUUGUUGUUAUCGGAUAGAAUAUUGGGUAUGACUUUGGUACCUGAAGGUGGGGUGUGGAAUUAUGGUGUGGGUUUGACACAGAGUUGGAGUGAGAAAAUUGCGUAUAACAUGACUUUGGAUAAACCUGAACCGUUCUGGGCCGCAUGUCAUCGACCUAACGCUUUCUUAAACUUUGCUUCGAUGGAAGGUGAUGAUGCUGCCGAUGUGGAGAAUAGUUUGGAGUAGUUGGCUGGGUCGGAUGGAAGAUUUGAACGGGUUGUUUUGUUUGUAGAUUAUCAUCAAUGCUAUGCGUGCUCGGAUUCA